AUGGUAGGGAUUGAUGGAUCUUUUCUGAAAGGGCAGUGUAAGGGACAAUUAUUAACAACCAUAGGUUGGGACCCAAACAAUCAAGUUUUUCCCAUAGCUUGGGUUGUGGUUGACAUUGAGAAUAAGUUUAACUGGAAGUGGUUCCCUCAGUUGUUAGAGGUUGACCUUGGAAUGGAUAGAGGAAGGGGUAUAUAUGUAAUUUCAGACAAACAUAAGGGUCUUCUUGAGGCAACAAAGGAGGUGUUACCAUAUGUUGAGCAUAGACAGUGUGCACGUCAUAUCUAUGCCAUCUUCAAAAAAGUAUACAAUGGAAUUGAGUUAAGGAAUCUAUUCUGGAAGGCUGCCAAAUCAAUUGUAGAGGGGGAAUUCAAGAAUAACAUGGAUGAGAUUACACAGAUUAGCCCAGGUUCUUAUGAACAUCUAAUGGAAAGGGAGCUAAAGACAUGGUGCAGGGCUUUCUUUUCUACUGGAUUAGCCUGUGAGGUUGUAGAAAAUGGCAUGGCAGAAUGCUUCAAUGCAAUUAUACUUGAUGCUAGGAAGAAGCCACUACUCACCAUGCUUGAAGAGAUAAGGCUAUAUAUGAUGGUAAGAGAGGAGGAUACCAGGCAGGCCUACUGUGAAGAGGAAAAGGCAUGUCUCAGAGAGGGAUGGAAAGUUCUCCCAAGAGAAGGGGAAAUUGAGGAGGUGGUAGAGUACCUAGAGGUGGAGGUGGCUUUCACAGCUGGUUUGAAAGAGGUAAAACCUCAAAUACAAUACCACCCCAAAAUGGUCAAUGAAGAAUAUAAAUCUGAUGAGAUGGUGGAUGUAGAUAUGGUAACUGAUGGAGAUGGACUAGAUAUGGCAAAUAUGGACUACAUUAUACAACAAAUUACACAGUUGAGGAACUCAGGUUGCAAUGAUGUAAACAUUAUGAGAUGCCUUGGAAUUACAAAAGCUCAUUUAGAAGAGUUUGAAUAUGUAGUUGCCAAUGUUGAAGGUGGACUGGAAGGAGAUGAAUAUGGUAAUAAAGAAGAAGAAGAAGGAAAUGAACAAGGAGAUGGAGUGGAAGGAGGUGGAAAGGGACAAGGUAAUGAAGAAGAAGAAGAAGAAGAAGAAGAAGAAGAAGGAGAUGGAAAAGGAGAUGGAAUGGAAAGAGGAAGAGAGGGACAAGGAGAUGGAGAAGAAGAAGAUGGAGAAGGAGAUGGAGAAGGGGUUGGAGUGGAAGGAGUUGAAGAUGAUGAUGUUCAAGGAAAUGAUGAUAUUCAAGGAAAUAAAGAUAGUGGAGAAGGAGUUGAAGCUGUUUCGGUGAAUGAUCCAGUACAACAAGGGCAUUUUAGGAAUAAUAUGCAACAAAGAACAAGGAGACCCUCAAAGAGGAUUAUUCUUCAGAAGCUGAAAAAGGAGGUGGCUGACCCUCUUGGUAUAGGAAUGUGUCAAGAUAAGGCAUUAAUUUUAGAUUAG